AUGACAGCAGAGGCACCGUGUGAAAUAUUGCUGCGCCUGAAGCCAUAUGAGUAUGCGCACAUUACGAAUGAAAACACAAAUGCCACUGAACUUAUUAUUGGUCCGCAAACACGAACACUUGGCUCGGAUGAAAAACUCUCUAAGCCCGUAACCGCAUUCCAUGUAGUUUCACCUGGGCAUUACUGCUGUAUUGAAAAUCCCUUUGUUCGAGCCGAGGAUGGGGAAACUGCGGUGAAGGAUAAUUUUGGUCAAGUGAAGGUGCGGGUGGGAGAGCGGGAAAUGCGGUAUGGGAUACCGGCCUUUCCAUUAUAUCCAGAGGAGAAACUUGUGUUUAUAAAACCAUUAACUGUUCUUGGUGUAAAUGAGGCACUUUUAUUACGUGCGGUACGGGAUUUUACAUCUAAAGAAGGCGUUCAACAUAAAGAAGAAGAAAAAUAUUUUUUUAAAGGUCCUGGAACAUAUUAUCCACGUGUGGAAGAAGAAGAAGUAGAGAUUCGUCGUGCUAUGACACUUACAGAAAAUCAAGCCUUACAUUUACGUGCGGUAGAAUCUUUUAAAGAUGAAAAUGGGAUAUUACGAAGAUCACAUGAUCGAUAUCUACGAACAUUACGUGGUUCUUAUAUCUGUAAUCCUCAUGAAACUCUAAUAGCAGUUGUAUCACCUAUUCAGUUAAAACCAGAUGAGGGAUUACAUGUUAGGGUGGAUACACAAUUUAUAGAUGAGAGACCACAUGCAUUGGGUGUACUACGUCGUCCUGGAGAAUUAUAUUUAGUAACACAUGAAGAAUGUCCUUUAUUUUUUCUUCAUCCAUAUGAAAGAAUUAAAAAUAAAGUAGAAAAACUUCAUAUUAGUAAAAGACAAUUUGCAAUUGUAGUAAAUACAGAAUCCCCAGGUCGUCGGUUCGUUACAGAUACUUCAUUCUAUCUUAAAGGAUAUGAAAAACUAAAAGGAGAUGGAAUUUGUAAUAAUUAUCUUCUUAAUUCAGGACAAGCCAUAUUAUUAAAAGCAAUAGAAGAUUUUAAAGAUACAGAUGUAGAUCCACCUGUAGAUCGUAAAGGUGGUGAAUGUUGGUUACUUCAUGGACCACGUGAUUAUAUUCCAAAUGCUUAUGUUAUGAUAUGCAAAGAUAAAGAUGGAAAAGAAAUAAGAGAACGUGUUGUAUUAAAUGAUGGAGAGGGAAUAUAUGUUCGUAAUAUAGCCACUGGUCUUGUAAGGGCGGUAAAUGGACCAAUAGCUUAUAUGUUAGACGCUAUGGAAGAAUUAUGGGAAAAGAAAUUAUCACGAGAUGUAGAAAUGUGUUUAUCACAACAAUUAUUAUCUUGUACAGCAAAUAUUUUCCCAUUAUAUGAAAAUAUUCCUGAUAAACAUAAUUAUGUGGGUAAAACACACAAAACCGUCAUGUAUCAAGUACCACAUAGAAGUGUUACUCAAGUAUAUAAUUAUCGUGCCUUAACAACUCGUAUUAUAUUUGGUCCUGAUCGAGUACUUCUUGAACCAGAUGAGGAAUUUACCGUUAUUACACUCUCUGGUUCUCCAUGGGAUCCACAAAAUCCAAAUAAGUGUUUACCAAAAGAAGCUCAACGUAUUAAAGCACUUCAUGUAUUUCUUGGUCCUUCUAAUAUGAUUGAUAUUGUACAUGUUGAAACUCGAGAUCAUGCACAACUGGCUUUACAACUCUCAUAUACAUGGUAUUUUGAUGUUACGCCUGGAGAUGAAGAAGGGGCAAAGAAAUGUUUUAACGUUACGGAUUUCGUAGCGGAUACUUGUUCUCUUAUUGCCGGUAGAGUUCGUGAGGCGGUGGCUUCUUUGCCAUUUCAGCAAUUUCAUAAAAAUAAUGCGAAGAUAUUACAACAUGCCGUAUUUGGAGUAGAUCCUCUUACGGGGAAUGUAAAGAAAGAACUUCGAUUUGAAGCGAAUAAUUUCGUUGUAGUAUCUGUAGAUACCCAACAAGUGGAAGUUCUGGAUUCUCGUACACGUGAAGGUUUACAGAAAUCUGUUAAAAUAGCUAUUGAAGUCUCUACCCAAGCACAAGAAUCAAAUGCCCAACAAAUUGCUUUGGCCCGUGAACAACAAUCAUUUGGUUUACUUGAAAUGCAAAAAAUGGAAGAUCAAGUGGCAAAUGAAACUCAACGAAAAGUUUUAUUAGAAGCGGAGGCAAAAAGUUUGGCCAUGACAACUUCUGGUCGUUUAAAAUCAAUUGCAGAUGCCGCAGCUCAGGCAGCCGCAGUAGAGCAGGAUGUAAACUUACAUGUCGCUCGUAUUCGAGCAGAGAAAAAUAAUGUGACGGGUGAUAUAUUAGCAGAGAUGGAACAACAAAAGCGAAUCGUACAACAUGAAUAUGAACUUGAGCGAGAAAAUUUAACAUAUGCGUUGCAGUCGGAACUUGCAAAGAUUGAAAGUGAUAAGUUUACAGAAGUUGUGAAUGCUAUUGGUGCAGAUACGAUAGCUGAAAUUGCCAAGGCAGGUCCUGAAGUGCAGGCAAAGUUAUUAAGUAGUUUGGGAUUAGAAGGUUAUUUGGUUACGGACGGUAGUACACCUCUGAAUCUCUUUAAAACAGCCGAGGAAAUGACGGCAAAGGCAAGUAAUUGA